AUGCCGCGUUUAGAGGACUCUGAGAUUAAAAAGUAUUGGGAGAUUUUUCAAGGAUUGAAACCGUCUGAUAACAAAAUCAGUGGUGAUAAAGUUGCUCCAGUAUUGAAAAAUUCAAGAUUAUCACAAGAACAACUAUCUCAAAUAUGGACCUUGAGUGAUAUUGAUGGCGAUGGGAGUUUGGACUUUGAGGAGUUUUGUAUAACAAUGAGAUUGAUCUUUGAUUUGGUCAAUGGCUCAAUUGCUCAAGUGCCGCUGCAAUUACCCUCGUGGUUGAUUCCGUCGAGCAAGGCAGCAUUGAUUCAAGCUAACCAAGCGGUUAACCUGGGUAGAAACAUAGGAAUGGAAUUUGACGAUGACGAUGAUGGUUUAACCGACGAUUUCGACUGGUAUAUAUCUCCACUGAACAAAGCAACAUAUGAAACCAUAUACCAAUCGAAAAACGAUAACUUUGGUAGGAUCAAAUUUGAUUCAUUAAACUCCUUGUAUGCAACUUUAAAUAAUGUCCCCGCUAGUGAAAUCUCCUCGGCCUGGAACUUGGUCAAUCCUAAAAGCUUUGAAACCAUAGACAAGGAUCAAACUAUUGUAUUCUUACAUAUUUUAAACCAAAGAGAAAAUGGUAAGAGAAUACCUCGCGGUGUGCCUGCUACAUUGCGAGCUACUUUUAGUAAAGAAGUACCUAAUUACAACUUGGACGCACAAGCAAAGCCCAAGCAAACCACACAGACACAAGCUUCAAAAAGGUCAUUUGCUGAAGAAUACUUGAAUAAAUUGGGACAUUCAAGUAACAGCAAUAGUGCAAACGAAAAAGGUACUGAUUUCUCAGCAACGCAAGGAACAGAUUGGGAGGAGGUUAGGUUAAGGCGAGAAUUGGCCGAUUUGGAAAACUUGCUAGAAAAAGUUCAAAGCAAAGCCAAAGAUGAUAAAAAAAUGGAUGAUGAAGAAAGAAUGGUAAAGUAUGAAUUCGAGCAGUUGUUAAAGUAUAAGGAAGAGCAAUACCAGAGACAGGUAAAAGGUCUGGAAGAUGCAAACUUGUCUCAAGUGGAAAAUGAUAUCAAGGAUCUUGAAAGCCAAGCAAAGUCAUUGCAGGAGUAUUUGGAAACGCGUAAUCAAGAACUUUCAAGGAUAAAUCAGGAGAUCGCUUCGUUGCAAAGUUGA